CAAGCCUGCACGGCUUGACGGAUAUUCAGCAGCGGUUAGUUGCGUUGCUUUUAUUGAUAUGCUCCGAUUAUUUUACGAGACGAUUGAGAGAUAUGAAAAAAAAGAGCGCAAACGAAAGUGGGUAGCAAUGUAAGGGAAAAGAAGAAAAGAAGGCAAGAAAAAAAGAAACGCAAGUUGUUUGAUUUACAUUCAUCAAUCAAUCGACUUGCAAUACAGUACACGCACAAUGUUUCCAACACAUCCCCCCACUCCCAAAGUGGUAGGUGUGGCCAAGACAGAAAGAGAAAGGGCAGCAAUGAGCCAAGUCAACUCGAAUCGCCAUGUGCUGCCUAAGGCUCUCCAACCGCGACAAAAACACCAAAACCACCCCGACCACAAUGCCGAACCUCAUCAUCCGCAACCUGACCGUCACACCCCUCGAGCUGAGGCGGAUUGAGCGCUUCGAUGCCGACGCCGUCGGGUCCAACGGCUUCGCAAAGGUCACGAGCAGGAUCGUGGGCAUCUUUAACAGCACCGAAAACUACGGCGUCGUCCCCAAGUCCGGGGACCCUGCUAGCAUCGAUGAUUGCGGCACCACCUUGAUCGGGGGCUUUGAGAGCCGCGAGACCGAGUUCCGCGCCGCCGAGCCCCAGCGUGAGGUCUUGCGCAUCCACUUCCAGCAGCCCAACACCGGGAACUGCUGGUCUGUCGAUGCGCCGGGCCCAAGCCACCGGACCCUGGUGAUGCGCCGGACCGCUGGGUCAGAGGACUCGCCUGCCGAGUUCUCGGUCGUGUACCACGUCGUCCAGGGCCACCUGGCAAUCUUCAGCAGCGGCGGGCUCGCCAACUGGAUGGCCCAGAUGCGCGACGAGUGCCCGCUCUCCAUGCUGUCCAUCCCAGGCACACACAACAGCCCGACCUGCUACAAGGCCCUGCCCAGCGUGCGGUGCCAGGCGGUCGGCGUGCGUGAGCAGCUCGACAACGGUGUCCGCUUUCUCGACGUCCGUGUCAGCGUCCAGCCGGACUCGGACGAGCUGAUCCUCGUCCAUGCUGCCUUCCCAGUGUCCCUGACAGGAAACAAGUACCUGCACGACCUACUGAAGGAGUGCUACGACUUUCUGGAGGCAAACCCCAAAGAGGCCCUCAUCAUGAGCCUGAAGCGCGAGGGCACCGGCAAGGGCAGCGACGCCGAUCUAUCCAAGCACCUCAUCAAUCGAUACUGCACGGGUCAAUUUGCUAGCCGCUGGUACACUGACACCAAGGUUCCCCACCUCGGAUCCGCCCGUGGCCGAAUCCUCCUGGUGCGUCGCUAUCACGACGAUGAGGCGGCUCAGAAACGCCACAAUGGUCGCGGCUUCGGCAUUGAUGGUUCCCACUGGCCCGACAACUGCGAGGACGGCACGGUGGGAAGCGGCCUCAUUCGGGUACAGGAUUUCUACGAGAUAGACCAGAGCACAAACAUCGAGAGGAAGAUACAAUACGCACGUGCACAGCUCGAGCGUGCCGCCGAAAAGCGUGCCGACCCGCGUGGUGAGGCGAACCCACUGUUUGUCAACUUUCUAACCGCGAGCAACUUCUUCAAUGCCAACUGUUGGCCUGAAAACAUCGCCGCCAAAGUCAACCCUUCCAUCAUUGAGUAUCUGUGCAUGAUGCAUGGUGCCGAUGGGAAGGGGCCCAAUGGCUUGAGCGUUGGCGACUCGUCAACAGGAGUUGUUGUCACGGAUUGGGUUGGUAAAGACGGCGACUGGGAUUUGAUUCGCUGUAUAGUUGGCUGGAAUGCAAGACUGCAGCUGCGCUAGGAACACAGCUUUGGCGCGAUCCAUCAAGAUACGGUGCCUCGCCUUAUGUGGUCUUACCACUCCGAUGCUGCGACCUUGUUGCCAGUAUUGCUGAACAUUCACAUUACAUCAUCAUUCAUGAGCGAGACAAGAGGCGACCAAGAUUUCUCAUUACAUUAUACAUUGGCUAGGUCCUAUAGACGUAGACUAAAGCAUGGUCGAUCAACAAGCAAUAUCUGUACCCGUGAGAAGGUUAGCCUGGCGCAAGCGCAUGUGAUCGAUGUCAAUGAUGGGCGUUUGAGGCCUAAUCAGCUCUCCAAGGUGAAUUGGGUUGUAUCAACAGAUGAUGUAGAUAAUGUAGAUAAUGUUCAGUUGAUGCAAAGGGAAUCAUCCGAUAGGACGCUGGGUGAAGUAGAGAUUGGUGGGACCUACCAAUGAUUCACAUGGGCGCCAUGAUCACAGCGAACG